AUGUUUGAUCAAUUAAAAAACCUCAUUCGUAAUGGACGUCGUGCGUCACAGUCGUCAUCAACAGAACGCAAGGUGCAACAGCAACAACUAGGCCCUGAUCGAUUGGAAGCUGUCGAGCGUCUCAUAAAAGAAAGAAAAGCUACCAACAAUGAAAAAACCAACAAUGGGUCGCCUCAUGAACAUAUCCAGCAACGAUACCAACUAUCCGACAAAUUGGGCGAUGGUGCGUUUUCCAAUGUUUACAAGGCAAUGGAUCGUGAAACCCAAGAGUGGGUAGCUAUCAAGAUUGUGCGCAAAUUUGAAUUGAGCCCUCACCAACGAGCCAAUGUCCUUAAAGAAGUUCAAAUCAUGCGUACUGCACGUCAUCCAACCGUGGUGCAGCUAAAGAGCUUUAUGGAAACAAAAGAGCACUAUUAUUUGGUCAUGGAAUUCUGUGAGGGUGGUGAAUUGUUUCAUCAAAUUGUACGCCUUACCUACUUUAGCGAAGACCUUGCUCGACAUUGCAUUCGUCAGGUAGCUGAAGGUAUCCGAUACUUGCAUGAAGAGCGAGGCGUAGUACAUCGCGAUAUCAAACCCGAGAACUUGUUGUUUGAGCCAAUUCCACAUGUACCUCGAGUCAGCACACCACAACCAUUAUACCCUGGUGACGAAGAUAAGGUGGACGAGGGCGAAUUCAUUGAAGGCGUGGGCGCGGGUACUAUCGGACGAGUAAAAAUCGCCGACUUUGGCUUAAGCAAAGUUGUAUGGGAUCAACAGACCAAAACACCAUGCGGCACGGUUGGCUACACAGCACCUGAAAUCGUUAAGGAUGAACGAUAUUCCAAGUCGGUGGACAUGUGGGCACUUGGAUGUGUGCUAUACACAUUCCUUUGUGGCUUCCCACCGUUUUUCGAUGAAAGCAUUCCCGUUUUGACAGAAAAGGUUGCACGUGGUCAAUACACUUUUCUCAGCCCAUGGUGGGAUCCUAUUUCUGAACAAGCCAAGGAUCUGGUACGAAACCUUCUUUGCAUCGAUCCAAAACAACGAUACACCAUUGAUCAAUUCCUCAAUCAUCCAUGGAUACUCAACAAAAAUGUGGUUACACCUGCUGUUGAGCGUGUGCAGACACCUCUUCUUAGCCCAGCUCCAGGUACACCCGAUUUUAGACGCGAUGUAGGCUUGUCAUCAAUGAAGCAAGUCUUUGAUGUAUCAUACGCCGUCCAUCGUAUGGCUGAAGAACGCACACCUCGUCGCAAGGAUCGUCGUCGUCAACUUAUGGAAGAUGAAAGUGACGGUAUGAAUGCCUCGAAUCCUCGAUGUGCAUACGAAGAUAUGGCACAACACAGCAAAAUGGCAUCAUCCGAAAUGCCUAGCAACUCAAUUCGAUUCCAAAAGACAAAGCCUGUAUUUGAGCUCAACAUGGACAAUGCAACCCUGCUGGGUCGACGAAAGAACCAACAAGAGGUUGAAUGUUAA